AUGGGACAGACCAUCACCAACCCCUUGAGCCUCACGCUUGACCACUGGUCAGACGUGAAAGCACGAGCCAACAACGAGGGAGUUGUAAUCAAGAAGAACAAAUGGAUCACCCUUUGCGAGGCCGAAUGGGUCAUGAUGAAUACCCCUGUUCUUCCCCCGGACCCCAAUUCACCUCUUAUUGACCUCCUGACAGAGGACCCACCACCAUACCCGGGGAAUCGGGGACAAGGGGGACCGGCGGCCCCUGCGGCGGCACCGGAGGGACCGGCAGACCCCACGGCGGUGCUAGAACCGCUGGCGGCCCCCGAACAUCCUCUACAGACAGAGCGAGAGGAUGAGGCUCCGGCCACCUCCCCAAUUGCCGGUCGCCUACGAGGCAAGCAUGAUGAACCAGCCAAAGAAUCCAGAGUCUUCCCCCUCCGGGAGGGCCGUAAUCACCAGCUUCAAUACUGACCAUUUUCAGCCUCUGACCUUUACAACUGGAAGCAGCACAAACCCCCUUUCUCUAGGGACCCUGUUGCCUUGACUAACCUGAUUGAGUCCAUUUUAGUGACCCACCAGCCCACAUGGGACGACUGUCAGCAGUUGCUGCAGACCCUCCUAACAGUGGAGGAAAAGCAGCAAGUCUUCUUAGAGGCUCGGAAGCAGGUUCCUGGUGACGAUGGAAGACCCACCCAAUUGCCUAAUGUUAUCGAUGCAGCCUUUCCCCUCACCCGCCCGAACUGGGACUUCACGACCCCAGAAGGUAGGGAGCACCUACAUCUUUAUCGCCAGUUGCUCUUAGCGGGUCUCCGGGGGGCUGCUAGGUGCCCCACCAAUUUGGCUCAGGUUAGGAGUACGGUCCAGGGAAAGGAUGAGACGCCAGCAGCAUUCCUGGAAAGACUCAAAGAGGCCUAUCGGAUGUAUACCCUGUACGAUCCGGAAGAUCCAGGUCAGGCACCGAGCGUCAUCUUGUCCUUCAUCUAUCAAUCAAGCCCAGAUAUAAGGGCCAAGUUACAGAGACUAGAGGGAUUAUAUUCGUUCAGUUUGUCAGAUAUAUUAAGGGAGGCAGAGAAAGUGUUCAAUAAGAGGGAGACUCCCGACGAGUGGGAGGAUAGGAUGUGGCAGAAGCAGGAAGAAAGAGAAAAAAAAGUCAUAGAGAAAUAA